AAUUGUGUAUCCUCCAGUUUAUCCUGUGGGUGGCAGUGAUCUCUUUCCUGGGCCUGGUGCUGGAAUGUACCCAACCAGAGGUGAUUUUGGCAUCGGUGGCGGCGGCAUGUUUGUAGGACCUGACCAUCCUAUGUUUGGUGGGAUGGGAAGAGGGAUAGGUCCCAUUUUGCCUGGUGGACUACCCAGGGGUGUUCCACUGGGUGCUCGUUUUGAUCCUUAUGGGCCGCCGGGCGUUCCUGGAUUUGAGCCUAAUCGAUUUGCCAGAGACCCACGGAGGCCGGGGCGUGGAACACAUCCAGACCUUGAGCAUUACCGAGAUGGUUCCGACUAUAUAUAAAGAUUAGGAAACUCGUUUACCCCCAAUCAGAAGUGAAGUUUAGAAUAACUAAUUGGUGGUGUAAUCAUAUGUUUUUGUUUUUUGGCUUUCACUUUGUCAAUGUGAUAAUAUCUCUUUUUCUAUUCUUUUUGUUUUUGCUUGCUUCCUCCCAAGGGAUGAAUUGUCUUUGUCUGCUACCGAAGUUUUUGUUCAAUAGGAUUUGAAAACCACCUGUAUAUGGUUCUAUGUGCUUUUGAUGCUUUUAUUGUUGGGUUUUGAUGCUUUUAUGAUUGUUUGGCAAACCAAAUCUGCGGACUCAUUGUACAAAGAACCUGCCAUGUUUUAUACCACGAAAUCAAAAUGGAGUUCUGUUUGUGUU